UCAUGCUGCUGCCAAGUCCAGAGUCUCUCAUGGGUCCCUGUACGGCCUCCCAUUGCUGCUGUCUCCAUCGCCACACUCUGCCAUGUGCCACUUUCAGGUCUCCUCACACACUGCUGGUGUGUUCCAUUUUUUGUCAUAGGGUGCUGGCAGAUUACGGGCCUCCCAUAGCUGCUGCCAGGCCCCUAAUCUGCCAUGGGCCCCUAUACCCGCCUCCUCAUGCUGCUGCCAAGUCCAGAGUCUCUCAUGGGUCCCUGUACGGCCUCCCAUUGCUGCUGUCUCCAUCGCCACACUCUGCCAUGUGCCACUUUCAGGUCUCCUCACACACUGCUGGUGUGUGUUCCAUUUUUUUG